GUGGGGGGGAAUCCCACGUUGACCAAUGGAACGUAGCAACUUUCAUUUGGAACGCGGAUACAUUGAGAGGGCGGGGCCUCGGCCUGGCAAGGCGGAAGCGCUGUCGCUGUCGGACAUGGCAGGAGCCCCGGUCUAUCUAGGUGCAGGGUGGGCUGGUUUUGACAGCACUGUCGAAAGCAUUAGCAAACUACCCCAGGAUUUGUUUGCAGAGGUGUGCCAGCAGAUCAUGUUACACCUACAAUGCAAAACCCCUGGUGUGAAUACGCUUGAAUUGGCUGAAAGACUUCAAACUGCUGGCGUUGAACUGGAUUUAGAAGCUACGAAGGAGCUGGUCCAUGUUAUCUCUUUGUUUUUCAGGUCAGCUGCACAGAGUAAUAUGUCAGCUGAAGAAUUUGUUGUGAAGCUAGCAGACAGCAGCAGUAAGUGGUCCAAGCAUGCACUUCAAGUUAUUCGUCAUGUGUGGACUGAACAGGGCAAACUAAUUGUGACACCAGGAGAUGCCAAGCACAUGCUCACCGUUGGACAGCUCGUGGACUUACAGUGGAAGCUGGGAAUGGCAGUCAGUUCAGAUAGCUGCAGAUCCCUAAACCACCCUUAUGUAACCAUGAUGCUGAAAGUAGCUGACCCCACAGGAGAAAUAAUCAGCAGAUCGUUCGAAAUGACCAUCCCUCAGUUUCAGAAUUUUUCGAAGCAGUUCCGGGAAGUGGCUGCUGUCCUUGAAAUGGUGUGAUGCCUGUGUGUAACCUGAACCCCCUCAGCAAGCCUUAUUUCUACUUCCAUUCCACAGAGGAGGAGGAGGUAGUUCCAUAAGAGAAGAGAAAGCACCCACACUCAGUUUUGAUCUAUGUACUUGGAUUACAUACCUAUUAUUUUCCAAUUGUUGGAUAUUAAUAAAUGCACUCAUUUUAUUAUAAAAUGAAGAAGCUCUGGGAGGAGUGGGAAGCAUAACCGUGUGUUGCCUGAAAAAAAUUGUGGCAUCCUCAUUUGCAGCUUGGAUGACGAUUGGGGAGUGGGAGGUUAUAUAAAAACAAUGCUGCAACCUAUAUUCGAGCAGGUCAGUAAAAUAGGUUGAAGUAAGUGCAUUUGUAGAAAUGUUGAAGGAGGGGCACUGGUUUGUGCAGUGCCUUCAAAGCCUUGUUUUACCUCCGACAUGUAUUUGAAUCUGUCUCGCCUUGGAUCGACAUUUCAAUGUGCCAGCUGCCAGUGUCUUAUGAAAUAAGCCUGGAUGAGCACUGGUCCAUACAAUAAAAAUCUUUGCUAACUGGCACCCCAUAUUGUCAGUUCUAUUCGAGGAUCAGUCACAAGGGUGAUUGAUGUGGCAACAUCAUAUUCUGAAAUUAAGUAAAUUGGCAGUAAGGAGGAGCUUUAUUUCUGCAACUAAUUGGGCCAUGUUCCAUAAGUGUCAAACUGUUAAGGUUUUUGGGAUUGAAAAGGAAGACUUACAUUUAUAUAGCGCCUUUCAAGACCAUCGCAUGUCCCAAAGUGCUUCACAGAUACCAAACUACUUUUGGAGUGUAGUCACUGUUGUAAUGACAAAAACGCAACAGUUAAUUUGCGUACAGCAAGCUCCCACAACCGCCAAUGUAGAUAAUCUAUUUGUUGAUGUUGAUUCAGGGGCAAACAUCGGCCACGACACCGGGGAUAACUCCCCAGCUCUUUGAAAUAAAGCCAUGGGAUCUUUUGCAUCUACAUGAGAGAGCAGACAGGACCUGAGUGCAACGUCUUGCCUGAAAAAUGGCAGCUCUGAAUGUGCAAUAUACUCUCAGUACUGCACUGGCAGUGUCGCUCUCGACUGCUGUGCUCAAGUCCUGGGGGUGGGAGUGAAAGUAACAAACUUGUAGCUCAGAGGUGAGAAUGACGCCAACUGAGCCAUGGCUGGUGCAGGGGCUUCGAAUGGAAGCGGAAAAGAGAAUUGAAGUUCUCGCUGGUCUAAUUAACUGUUGGAUCCAGUUGAGGGAGGGAGGGGAAGGUUUUGCUGAUGAUUACCCAAUGUUCAGCACCAUUUGCGAUUCCUUAGACACUCAAGCAGCCCAUGUUCAAAUGCUGCAAGACCUGGAUAAUAUCCAGGUUUGGGCUGAUAAGUGGCAUUCCAUAGCACCAUGUUUCAGAGCUCUGAGGGACGGACCGCAACUUCAGAAUUUCCACAUUAAUCUGCAUGUUCCCACCAUCCAGAAGUUGGGGUUCAUUUCAGAGGUAGUGACGGUGACCACUGAUAGGAUCGCUGUCAACAGCCCCCAACCCUUGCAAGCUGAAGGAACUGGUCUAACAUGGUGCUGCAUUGCCUUUACAUGCAGUCUAACGACAAAACCCACUUGCAUUUAUAUAGCACCUUGAAUGUUGUAAUAGAUUUGCGGGAAUGUAUCAUAAAAUUGCAGUGUUUCCUGCAUUGAAACAGGCCAUUUAGCCCAACUGGUAUGUGCCAGUACUUAAGUUCCACACAAGUCUCCUCCCAUCCUACUUCAUUGAACCCUGGCUGCAUAUCACUGAAUCUCAGUGCAGAAGAGGCCCUUCGGCCCAUCAAGUCUGCACGGACACAUAAGAAACACCUGACCUACCUUCCCUAAUCCCAUUAACCAGCACUUAGCUUAUAGCCUUGAAUGUUAUGACAUGCCAAGUUGUCAUCCAGGUACUUUUUAAAGGAUGUGAGUCAACCUGCCUCCACCACCCUCCCAGGCAGUCCAUUCAUUUCUCCCUCAUUUACUUAUCUUGAGUUGAUGCUCUGGUUCUUUGUCCUAAUGUCUCUUCCUUGACAAAAUUAACAGAUGGAAAGGGAUGCAAGGAUUAAAUUGAUGGGUCAUAUACAUUUGUAUGUAUGUAAUGUGUCAGAUAUAUCAUGUCAGAGGUUGCACCUAGCUGGUUGUUUAUAGAAGCCGAGAGGAGUGGGCAGGGUCUUUUUGAUCUUUGAUUCUUGAUUAACAAGGGGGUAAAACAUUAUCGGUGGUAGGCAGGACGGUGGGAUUGAAGUUACAUUCAGAUCAGCCAUGAUCUUAUUGAAUGGCGGAGCAGGCUCAAGGGGCUGAGUGGCCUACUCCUGCUCCUAAUUUAUAAGUUCGUAUGAGUGAGGUUUCAACUUUGGAAAAAGAAAGAUGUCUUAUAGUCAGUCUUUUCAGACUUCAUUUCGUUCAGGUAUUCAAUCUGUGUUAUGCUGGGCUGUUACUGGAAGCUGUCCACAGUGGGUAAAUACCUGUCAUUGUUAUCAGAAGCAGUCAAUACUGCACUUCAAUGCUCAUUGAUGCUCAUGUACCAAGUGGCUCCAAGUGACUAGCAUUUGCUUGUUGGGGAUGUCUCUCAGUCCUGUUUAAUCUCAUACAAUUCAGGAAGAUGAUUAUGCUCAUAUACUGGGUGGAUAAAAUAAUAAAAUAUUUGUCCAAUUUUUAAUUUUUGGAAAUACUGCAGAUGAGUUCAUUUUUGGUAUUGUACCAGUGAUAAUGAGAUCAGGUGGAUUUGAGCGAUGUGCCUAUCUCUCUAAUGGAGAGAGAUGUCUAUCGUCCUUUGUGGACUGCAGCUACUUACCAUUACUAUACUUUGCUACAAUAAAAUGAAACUGCUUUGUUAACUCUGAUCCUAUGUUGAACAUCAUCUGCACUUUUGGACAGGGGAUCUCAUUCUUUUGAAUGAAUAUCAUUACAAAAUGAAAUGAAUAAUAAAUUUAAAAGUUGCUA